AUGGCAUACUUCGCGCUCAGCUCUCUCGCGCUCAAGCUGCCUGCCGCCCCGCCUACCGGCGCCGUCGUCGGCCGCGCCCUCGCCGUCGCCGGACCGCUCGCCGCGCCGUCCGCGGUGCACGCCUCGACGGCGGCCGCCGCCUCAACCCUCGCGCUCGCCGAGAUCGACUGGUCGUACGAGCUGAACAGACCGCCGAUUAUUCUGUCGCCCUUCGAGGUGACGCCGGUCGGCUGGACGCUCGCCGCGCUCUACGUCGGCUGGUUCUCCUGGUCCAUCUUCCGGCCGCAGUCCGAGGCCGAGGCGGCGGCGUGGGAGAAGCAGGAGGCGGCGGCGUCCGAGAUGGCGGCCGCAGCGGGCGCCUUCCUGCGCGAGGCGUCUGCCGAGGAGGGGGCGACGACGAGCGCCUCGGGCCUCGUCUUCAAGAGCCAUGCCGAGGGCGAAGGCGCUUGCCCGACGAUGGAGGACACGGUGGUUGUGCAGUACAAGGGCUCGCUCGCCGACGGCACCGUCUUCGACUCGUCGUACGACCGCGAAAAGCCGACCGAGUUCAAGCUCAAGCAAGCGACGCUCACCAUCCCGGCAGACCUCGCCUACGGACCGAUGGGCGCGCCACCAACCAUCCCGGGCAACGCCGCGCUGCGCUUCGAGGCGCGCCGCGGCAGUCCUGCCACCCCCGCCUCACCCCCGACCACUCCCCUCCCCCCGGGGCCACGUCUCGUCGAGCUGCUCGAGGUCAAGGAGAAGUCGGGCUUCUCCCUCUUUUAG